AUGUUUUACCUGGCACGACACGCGCAGGCGCCGAAGGCUAGUCGAUCAUUCCUGGACUUAGUGCGCUCUGCGCUGCUAUUCGGUGCAGCAUCAGUCACGCGAUCUAAUGGAGUCCUUCUGUCACUGCAUAUAGCAUGGCAUCGUCUGACUGUUUCACCGUCACCACGAGAGCUUUCUCGGUUCUUAGGAUACUGGGUACGCACUGCAGCUCUCGGUGUACUUGCAAUUGGUCCUCAGAUCGUCUACUUUAUUUCUUCGAUGAUGCCAUACUGCCCUUCACUUCGACAACGCUUUGGAUGGGAAAUAUCUAUGGAUCAUGCGACGGAAGACCGUAGCUGGUGUACGAAUGCUAAAGUGAACUGGACUGCAAUGUACACAUUCAUUCAGAGUGAAUACUGGAACGUGGGUCUUUUUCGCUACUAUCAAAUGAAGCAGCUGCCAAACUUUAUGCUUGCUGCACCAAUUAUAACGAUAAGCUUGCAUGCAAUUUUUGAGUUCUUUCGAGGAAUUGCCGUGCCAAGACUUGUAGUAUUGCAGCCAUCAGGACGGGAUUCGCGUCGAGGCGCUGCUCUUACCCCGUAUUACAUACAUUGGCUUUUUCUAGUAGUAAAUGCGCUGCUUUUCGUUCAUAUCCAAGUGGCGACAAGAUUAUUGACCGCGUGUCCAUCAUUGUUCUGGCACCCUGCCACACUUAUCUGUGAUGACUCCGGACUCAAAAAGAAUGUGUCACCAGCUUUGACACGAUACGGUCGACUUGUUGUGGGCUACUUUUUGCUCUUUACUAUACUGGGUAGUGUUCUCUUUCCGUCAUUUUACCCGUGGACGUAG